GGAAGUGAGCGUAAACACACUCCACGCUUUACAUCCACAUUGAGCACUGCCAAUGAACUGAAAGCUGUUCCACAUGUUUGUGUUUGUUGUUAAAUAACGAAUAUAGUGGAUUAGAUAUACUUGAGAUGGCGUUUAUCUGAUUUAGCUUGUCAGUCAAGCCUUUGCAGUUGACAAGUGCCCAAAACGGCUCUAAAACUAUAAAACCUAAUUGGUUUAGGACAGCAGAAACCAGAAAACCACCUUAAGAUGUUUAUUAAGGCAUAUCUUAGAAGAUAUUAAAUGCAAAUAUGCAGGUGUGGAAAACAAGUGUCCAAGUCUUCCUAGGCUCCAACAGAAUUAGGAAUAGAUGUUGUUUGGUAGGGCUGAAGGAAUUAUAUUUUACACCUUUUACACAACGUGCAACCUAUAGUUGCACAAAAAGACUUUUCUGUCCAAGGGAGAGUGUUUCAAAGUCAGAUGAGAGAUUUACCGCUAGUAAACUCAAAAAGACAUUUGUGUCUAAGCAGCAUAAAUAUGCUGCUACCAGAGAAGAUAAUCCCAAAUCGACAAAAACACAGAAGGGAAAAGUGUCAUUGGAGCUUCAGAAACUGAGGUUUGAGGAUUUCAGUGAGUCAGAAAGCAGAAAGAUUUUGAAGAAUAUUCAAAAAGAAUCUGAGCCAAAUGAAGAUGGACAGUUAGAGAUUGUGUUCGGCGUGGCCCCAUGUUUGCUGGCCCUCACGCAAAGUAGGAGAAAGCUGAGUCGACUCUUUGUGAAGAACAGUGAGGGGCCGCAGAGAGAUGUGAUUUUGAUGGUCUGUCAGGAGGCUGUUAAACAGGGUGUGCAGAUACAGAGAGUCAGUAAGCAAACACUUGACAAGAUGUGUGGUGGCAAGGUGCACCAGGGCUUGUGUCUGCAGGCAAGUCCUCUUGGAUUUAUUACAGAGGAAAAAACAAUAACUUCUCAUGAGGUGAAGAAUCGCAGGGCAUUAUGGCUGGUUUUGGAUGGAGUGCAGGAUCCGAUGAAUCUUGGUGCCAUUUUGCGGUCUGCAUAUUUCCUGGGAGUGGAUCGAAUUGCCAGCAGCAUUCAUAACAGCUGUCCUCUGACGCCCACAGUGAGUAAAGCCAGUGCUGGUGUGAUGGAGGUCAUGGAGGUGUUUGGCUACAGCAACUUAAGAGAUAUGAUUAAGGUAAAAGCGGAAGAAGGUUGGCAAAUAGUCGGCACGGUUGGGUUAGAGGAAUGCAGACCUGAAUCCAUUGUUAUGCCAUGUUCAGAUUUCAAGAUGUCCAGACCUACACUACUGUUAAUGGGUGGAGAGGGUGACGGUCUGUCUCCAGAGCUGCGUCAGAUGUGUGACGUCCUGCUCACCAUCUUUCCACGCAGAAACUUGCACCCUGGAGUAGAAUCACUCAAUGUGUCUGUAGCCACAGGCAUCCUGCUGCACUCUCUUCUGUCCACUCGCACAGGAAGUUGAUGAUGAUGAUGGCAACAACGACAAGGCAGCAGCAUUAUUUACUCAGACGUCUCUCAUUAGCCCCCUACAGUGAUUAAUGACUGGAUUACUUCAUCAAUUAACAGUCUGAGAGUCUGGAGAGGCUCAUUGAUCAGAUAAAGAGAGGCUAUAGAGGCAUUCUGGACCAGUUACAGAGUAUGACCAUCUCGUUUACGACAAGACCUGUGCAACACAGGGUCUCUAUCAUCUUAGGGAAAACAUGCAUAUGUAAACAGAGGUGUUAUGUUUAAUUAUUCAUCUUUGUUCAUUCAACCUUGUUGUUAGAAUAGUAUUUGAAACAGCAUGGUUUACACAGUACAACAAUAAACAGAAAAUAGUAGGGGAACAUGGCUAACUGUGCAGUGUAUUGUGGGAUGCAGUGUUUUCACAAUGCGGUCUGUUGAUAUAUUGCUCAUUUUGGCAAAUGUAAGAGGUCAUCCAGAUAUUUCACGCAUAACGUAAAAAUGUUAUAUUCGCAGUGUGCACUGCAGCCUAUACAUGUAUGUACUCUGCAGAAAUAGAGCAGGUUUCAUCCAGUCAGCAGUACUGAAGUUAAUUCAGCAGGUGGCACUGCAUAUAUAUUAGUAGGUGAACCAGCAUUGAGUUUUUCCUGUGACAAUUAAGAUGAGGAAUUGACACCCAGAUGCUGGUGCUAGACCAGUAACAUCUAGCAGCGUUUACGUAAAGUUCACUGAAUAGAUAUCUCACACCUCCAUUUCCCUUCACGCUUCACAGCGAGAUGCUGACUGCAGGUUAUGAGCCAAGAUGGUUUACAAUUAAACUAAAAUGUGCAUGAUUGGCAAGCCUGCGGGGAGCAGGACAGGACGAUUAAGCCGCUAAUACUAUAGACAGUUAGACCUCACUUUAAUUUUACCCAUAGCUGCAGGGGAGAGGGAGAUAUUAGAUGAGAUGGAAUGUAAUGAAGCACUCUAUUGUUUUUACAGGGAAGAAUGAUCUGAAGGUCUUUGUGACAGCUAGGAACAGCUAUCUGCUGGUGUGUCUUGCCAAAUAGCUAAUUUGUUACCCCUUCCAAUAGUUAAAUGGACAGAUAUGUGGAUUUGUAAUAUGUGACUCUAGACCACAAAACCAGUUAUAAGUAGCAUGGGUAUAUUUGCAGCAAUAGCCAACGAUACAUUGUAUGGGUCAAAAUUAUUGAUUUUUCUUUUGUGCCAAAAAUCAUUAGGAUAUCAAGUAAGAUUAGUAAUAUGCAUCGCUAAGAACUUAAUUUGGACAACUUUAAAGGUGAUUUUCUCAAUAUUUUUUGAACCCUCAGAUUCCAGAUUUUCAAAUAGUUGUAUCUCUAUAAAAUAUUGUCCUAUCCUAACAAACCAUAUAUCGAUGGAAAGAUUAUUUAUUCAGCUUUUGAUGAUGUAUAAAUCUCAAUUAAAAAAAAAAAAAAAAGACCCGAAACCAUGACUGGUUUUGUGGUCCAGGGUCACAUAUUAGUACUCACAAUAAGUAAUUUGGACAAUUGAAUCGCAACCUUUUUGUCUUAUAUAUUGUCUCAGAAUGACUCAAGCAUCCCGUCUUUGGCUUUAAGCAGCAGAUGUAUUCACAGAGUGUGGGGACAGUGUUUUGUUGCAUUCCUUUGUGUUUUGAUUAAAUUUGAGUAAUAUAAAAUCAGAUCGCUACAUUUAUUUUGUUACUAAUUUCAGUGCUUUGAGAUGUCACUGGAGGAGAACUGAGGCCCUUUAGGUCAUCUACAAAGUCUACAUUUUAGUGUUUCUAAAACCAGGGUUAUUAUAGUUAAGUAAACUAAAAACUUGUAUGCGUGUGAUGCUGCUGACGGAGAAGCUGGCGUUUGCUGAAUAUUGCUGAAUAAAGUCAUUAUUUUUGG